UAGCCUAGAGCCUAGAGCUCCUAGAGCUUUUGGGAUAUUGCCACUGCUCCAACACUGAAAGGCACCGUUACAAUGCCUGGAUCAAGCCAGGUUCAGCAUAGCGUAUGCCACUGUCUGCUCACGUUGCUGACCGGACCAGGGCAAGCACACUUUCGCAGUUCCCGCCGGAAAUGCAGUCUAGUUGUUGUUGUUGUUGUUGUUGUUUUUCUUCUUGUCACUCCAAUUCAAAGUUCAAUUCCACUUCCUGUGGGGUGGAGCCAAAUUUGCACAGCCAUGGGAAUUAGAUAGUCUGACAAUGUAACCCAAGACAUGAAGUCCUUCUUUUUCACCAUCCAGCGGCAGUGCAGAUGUAACCCAGCUGAGACAAAUGAGGAAGUGGAUGCUCUUCUUGCAUAAUGAUAAUGAUACAGUAAAAACUGAUAAUAGCCUGGUAGACUAGUCAAGGCAACACCAUAUGGUAACCAACAGAGAGAGUCCAAAAGAGGAAGAGAAAAAUGCAGCCAAACAGAUGGAAGCUCUGGACUGCAUCAGACAUACUGGUAUAUAUAAUAAAGGGCAGAAAGAGAGAGAGAGGGAGGGAGAGAGAGAAAUAGACUUUAGAGGAAUACAUAACUUAAGUUACAAAAAUGCAGUAUCAUUACUAGAUGAGCAGAUUCAUAAAAACGUGCACACAGAAAAAGACUACAAAAAGAGGAUAUUGUUAGGGCAAGACUGAAAGGAGAAGUAUAAACCAGCAGAAUGCUUGCAAAAACUUUCAUGUGGCACGCAGUCACAGUACAGUUUGACGUUCACCCUAACAGCAUGGACUUCAUUAUCCUCAUCCUUCUUGCAAACUUUGCAGGCAUUAACAGCAUCUCCACAGUGAAAAAGGUGACCGUGAGAAAAGGAGAGACCAUCAUCAUCCCAUGUCACUAUAGAGAAGCAUAUAGAUCUAAUAAUAAGAUAUUUUAUGGUUAUUGGGAUCGUUGGCAUUUUAUUGUGAAUAGUAAAUAUAUGUCUCGGUUAGAGAGAGUUUCAAUCUCAGAUGACCCAGACCAAACAGUUUUCACAGUCACAAUGAAGAACAUGGGUGCGACUGAUGAAGGCUUGUACCAAUGUGGUAUUGAAAAUAAUUCAUAUUGGAAUGAAUACCAGAAUGUCUACAUAUUAGUCGAAGAUUUUCCAACACUCUAUGUUCAUAGUCAAGUUGAGACUGGAUAUGUAGAUGGAGGCGUCACAAUAAAUUGCUACUACAGUAACUAUGGAGUGAGGAAAUGGUGCCGGAUUGAUGGCCGCUGUGUCUAUCAGAGUUAUAGAUAUUCAGAUGGAAUGCGUGUGGACACGAGUACUGAUGCCAAUAAAGGAGUGUUUAAGGUGAUUAUGAGAGGUCUACAACUGAAGCACACUGGCUGGUACUAUUGCUCUGUGGGAGACCUACAGAUGCCUGUGCACAUCACUGUCAAACAGAACACAUAUACUCAGAGGACAAUAACACAGCAGCCUGCAAUCAAAACAUCCACCAUCAGGACAACCAUCACAGGUAUAGACAAGUUUAAUCUUACUAAAGUUGAUGAUUUGUCUUCCACAUCAACCACAAACAAGACCAAUACUCCAAAUGGUUUCAGUCUGACUCUGCUGUUGGGUCUGCUGGGGCUGUUGCUGCUGGUGGUCAUCUGUGGAACACUGACUCUCAUCAGGCUGAAAAAACGUAGACGUGAUGCAGGCCCGGAUGAAGCUUUUUCUCAGAGAAAGACUACAGCAACUCUGCAAAAUUCUCAGGAGGACACUGAAGUCACUUAUAGCAUGAUAGCUAUGACUCCUUCAAAGAAUGCAGCUGAUGACACCCAUGGCGAUGUCACCUACAGCACUGUAGUCACACACAAUAGAGGCCUGAGAAAAUCCCUUAGAUACCAAGUUGCAGAUGUCAUCUACAGUGAAGUGGCAACAAAGUGAAGCAGGAUGGCAGCAUAUUGAUCCUUCAGGACACACAAGGAUUAAUAAAAAUUCAAUGAGCUAUUUUGAGAUUUUUAAUCUAGUUUAAUCAGAAAAUGCUUGAAAUAAAUCAAAUCAUUCGA